CAACCCCACCUUCGUGAAAGUUGAAAGUUGUUCUUCCAUUUUUUAUUUAUUAUUCUCAGCCUAACUCUUCUCUCUCUCUCUCUCUCUCUUCUGUGAUUCAGUUUCACUCACGGGUGAAUCAGAGGUGAUGGAAUAUACAACAAUACUAUUAAACCUUCCACUCUUUUCAUUUUCACAUGCUUCAUCUUACAUCUAAUAGUGUAACAAAACAAACUAUUUCUGUUUCAUUUUCAUGUCUGUUUUUCCUCUUCUGUCAUUUUGUGAGGUUCCUAGUUAGAAUCAGUUUGUCAUUUCAAAGUUGAAAUCUUUUCAAUUUUUUUCACAGUUUUGUUUUUUACUUGAGUAUCCAUGACUUCACAUAAGUUCAACAUUGGUGUAGAAGGUUUCAAUGGUGAUAUGGGUCUUUACCCUUUAGCUCCUAUUCCUUCUUCUCAUCUUGUGAAUUCACAAACUCAUCUUUUGACAAACACUGUUAUGGUUCCAAAGCCUGAAAUGGGUCUUCAGAUUUUGAGACCCUCAACAAUGUUUCAGUCCAAGGAAAUCAUGGGAACAAAGGAAGAAGACUUGUCUCUGAAACUUGGUGAUGAGGUAGAAGACAAAAACUCUGUUUCUGUGAAAAUUGGUUAUUCCAAGCUUUGUUCUAGAGGUCAUUGGAGACCAGUUGAAGAUGCAAAACUUAAGGAACUUGUUGCUGAAUAUGGACCUCAAAACUGGAACUUGAUUGCAGAACAUCUUGAAGGAAGAUCAGGAAAAAGUUGUAGAUUGAGGUGGUUUAAUCAGCUAGACCCAAGGAUAAACAGAAGGACAUUUUCUGAGGAGGAAGAGGAGAGGCUUUUAGCUGCUCACAAAAUGUAUGGUAACAAAUGGGCUAUGAUUGCUAGACUAUUUCCAGGGAGGACAGAUAAUGCAGUAAAGAAUCAUUGGCAUGUGAUCAUGGCUAGGAGACAUAGGGAAAAGUGUAGUGUGUAUAGAAGGAGAAAGCCACCAGCUGUUGAAAAUCUUUCAAAGGGUUUAAAAUUGAGUCUUUUGAACAAUGCAGCUAGUGAUUCAACUAUCUCAAGUACCAUAGAUGGUAAUGCAUCAACUUCUACUAAUCUCUCACUUACUAACUCUUCAGCUAAACUAAUUAGUCCUAAACUGUUUCAUAAACUUGCUUCAGAUCAGAAUCAUCAUGGCUUUGGAUCAUUAAUGGGUCAAUCUAGAGAAAGUGUGGUGGCAACAAGGGAUGUGAGUUUUGACAAGUAUUUUGGAGAUUGUAAUAAGCAAGAACAAGUGGAAAAGCUAAUGGUCAAGGAAGUGGACCAGUCCAAUUUUUCAGAUUCAAACUCAGAAGUCUCAGUAUCUGAGUCAGUUGCCACCAAUAGGUCCAAUCUCUCAAUUUCUGGUGAAAGUGAAAAUGUUGGUGCUGCUGUUAAGAUUAACAACAUGUUACCAUUCAUUGAUUUUCUUGGAGUAGGAGCUAUACAAUAGCUACUAAAUGGUUCAUUCAAAAAAGUUUGAGGAGUAAACAGGAAGAAAGGGUUAGGAAAGUGAGGAGAAGCACUCUUUGUUGUUGGGUGAAAAUGGGACUGCUAUAGUGUAUUCUCUUGUGUACAGUUUGUUCCAUAAAUGGUAAAAGUAAAAAGUGUAAUGAAUAGAGGGAAGAAGAAAAAAAGAGGCAUUAGUUAAGAUGAGAGAGAGGGUGAGUGUGUCUGUUAUGAAGUGAUGAUGACUUAGGAGUAGUUAUUAUGAGAUUCAAAAAAAAAAAAAAAAAACUAUAUAAUAAAUUUUUAAACUCCUGGUUUUGGACUGUUUCAGCAAUAGCACAGAAUAGGGGACUAGUUUGUUUGUUAGCUUGUGGUACUUUUGGCAUUUUGUUAAUCAGAAGCCAAAGUCUUAUGACUUGGAUUGGAAGGACACCUCAUUACAUGAAUGAAUCAACCAACUAACCUGCUUUGAAUUACUCUUCUUAGUGCUGCAUCAUGUCAUUGGGUUUUGUGUCUUUUCUUUUGGUUAUGCCUUUGCUGUUAAGAUGUUUGACCAUAUUUGACAUGCA